UGUGUCUCGGUUUCCUCUGCGGAACGGUCCCCAAAAGAUAUUACAGCCUGUGUGAGUGGCAGGAUCAGGAGUGUGACGAUGGGUUGUGGGGGCAGUGCGAUUAUGAAAUGAGCCGAAUCAUUUGCAGCAAAGCAUAAACGAUUCAUACUGCAGUGACUUUCGCGCGAUGGGAACGGGAAGUGAUUACUACUGAUUCCGGUGUGUAAUGCUGUGAUUGUUGCCAGACUCAACAACUUGGAUGCUGCAUACUGGAAGAGAAUGUGUCUAAUGAAACGUCAAAGUGGUGUGUGGUAAGCUUUCAAGAUAAAGAAAGAGAAAAAUCAAUCACAGGGCGUUGUAUUACCACGAAACAAACCCAUGGACGGGGUUUAGUGGGUGAUGCAAGAAAAAUAUUAUGAGAAUAAAAUGAGCUGGUGGUGUCCUGCGAUGUACUUUUGUACCCAAAAAUUUAAGGAUUAUGCAGUACAUCUUUAAAAUUCAGUGGAUUUGUGCAGGCUUUCACAGCUUCAGAAAAGUUGAGUGAGAGAGUGAGACCGCCGUCUGCACAAGGGGAGAAAAAAUCAUCCCUCGUGUUCUACAUUGUUAUUGAUAUGGUAUAAGUGCAGAAAUCCCGAUUUCUUAUAUGGCUCACAGUAUUAUGUUGCACGGUUGAUGAAACUAAUAACAUAUGAGUGCUCCCAAUCAAGACAUUGGAUCUUAUGUCAGAGUCACGGUUCAAGUGUCGGUGAAAGAUAUUGAUUGCUCCUCUGCAGCUUGAGGCGGUCUAAAUACCCCUCGACGAUGGUGUAAUUUGGUGUUAGAUGUGUCUCCAUGUGCUGUAUUGGCAAUAUAAAUAAGAUAAAAUCGUGAAAAAUCACAUCUCGAUAACGACGGCAGCCACAAUGAUAGAAGUAUCCUGUGUGAUUGAGUGAUAUUAGUUGCCAUCCGAGUGGAGAACUCAACAAAAGUGUGGAAUUACAGCGCAUUAGUAACGGAUUAUAUCCCAAACAAGAAUCGAAACAAUCUAUUAUAGGAUUACCGGGCAGAGUCGAUUGAUGGCAUUUCCAUUGGACGCUUUGAAAUCGACGCACUAUAUCAAAGGAGGGUUGUCACAUUUCGAAGAAAGACCAACACCGCUGGCGAUGACGACUCGGCGACAGGCGGCCGUAGCAGAUCAUGAAAAGCUUUGACCCAGCAUGACGGUAAACUCGACAUCCUCCUCGUAAGCGACAACCAGAAGCACCUUGGAUUUGCAUUUCCUUCUGCUGUCGUCCCACGUCCGACCCAGCGCUAUCAUCGCCGGGGCACGGCAGGAGUUGCUCGUUAUCGCAACGAUAAAAAGCCUCGCCAGCGUGACAUUCGUAGACACAAGGACCGGAACAAUUGUACUACAGAACGUAGGAUGAAUACGGGAGAAGCUAUGCCGAGUCAAAGAUUAUGAUUUGACCGUGAGAUGAUGUUCAUCCGACUUCCGUGACUCGGCUGAUGAAGAUUUGCUGCUGCGCCAACAGAGCAAUCCGGAAGUGUUGGCCCUCCCUCAGAAAAAGAGUGCAACCGUUGGAAAUUAAGUGCAGAUAGUUGUCAUCUGGUCCCGGUAGCAGCGAAUACGACUACAGCGACGGUGACUCCGGCAAUUGCGGUACGUGGUCGGUCGUUCGUUGUCUACGUGGGAUGAAAAUGAAAGACAAAUAAGCCCGGUACCUUGGGUUGCUGGCGCGGAGAUGCAUGACCGGGAAACGUCGGAUUCUGGGUGAAGGGAAAUUAAAAAGCUGGUUUUUCUGGUGACAUCGAGUUUCAGUUCAAACGGUGCUGCCAGAUGUGAAGUGGCGACGGGCGAGAAAAUUUAUGCAUUAGUGUUCUAUUUCGAUGUCUGCCGAGAGAAACAUUCAAUUUCGCCAUGGAACCGGGAACACGGCAGAAUCGUAUGACUAACGACGCUCAUGCAAUGGAAGGAAAGUAGCGAGGGCGAAAAAAGAAAAAUGUCAGAUUUGCUUCAGAGUGAUGGUACCGCCAGUGAAAACAGACAGUGAAUUGAGAAUGACAUCAGCAAAAAAGUGAGAAGUGCAGAAAAAAUCACAAUUUCCUCGCAAGAGUGAAUUGGAAUGGAAGGAAAAACUUUGUUAUUAGCCAGACGGAGUACAAAAAAUUAAUUCAAAUUCUUCUUACCAGAAAUUUCAAUUUUCCGUUGGUUUCCGUAGACAGUAGAGAGGCACAAAAAGAGAAUCGAUUUUGUUGUGUUGUGGUUGUUGGGCUGCACAAACUGUUAUUCAAUCAAUGGAAUAGAGUGCGACGCCGAAUGGCACAUCGAAAGUGAAUUGAAACUCAAGAUCGUUAGAGUCGAGUGGACGAUGAAAGACGUAAUUAGUGACUCGUUAACAAAUCUCAGGAAGCAAAGUUGAAAAGGCCCGUAGCGUGCUUGAUCGACAAGUUUAGCACGAUAGCAAGAAAAAAUGUGGCUUAAUCUAGUGAUUGUGGGCUUUCUUUUGAACGUUGUACGCCUGGUUAACAGCUGUCCUACGGAUGUUUGUGUGUGCAAGUGGAAAGGUGGUAAACAGACAGUCGAGUGCGGAGGGCAACAACUCCCCAGAAUACCGGAAGAAAUGGACCCUGGAACGCAGGUUUUGAAUUUCUCCGGAAACGCACUAACCGUGCUGCAAAAUGAACGAUUCAAAAAGCUAGAUUUGAUUAAUCUGCAGAAGAUCUACCUGUCCAGAAACCAGCUCAUGCGAAUACAUGAAAAGGCCUUUAAAGGGCUUACUAAUCUGGUGGAGUUGGACCUAUCCGAGAACUCGUUAACCGCUGUACCGACGGAGACCUUUUCGGAUUACCCAGCUUUGAUGCGGUUGACACUCAGUGGGAACCCCAUUCGUACUCUUCAAACCAAUGCCUUCAAGCAUCUGUCUUACCUAACCACAUUAGAAUUGAGCAAUUGUCAAAUCGAUUUGAUAGAAGACGAAGCUUUCAUUGGCAUGGACAAUCUGGAAUGGCUUCGGCUGGAUGGAAAUCGAAUAACAACCAUCCAAGGUAAUCACGUUCUUCCGGAGAAUCUUCACGGAAUAAACCUGCAAGCCAACCGAUGGCAAUGUGAUUGCAGACUGCUGGAUAUCCACACUUGGCUGAACAGCUUUAAUGUUCCACAACGUCAAGAAGAGCCCAAGUGUUCCGGACCACUACGGUUGGCGGGUCAAAUAAUAAAAACUAUCCAACCGGAAGACCUUGCUUGCUUACCCAUCAUCACACCGGACUCACUCUAUCGCGAGAUAUCAGAAGGCCGCAACAUGAGCCUCACAUGCAAAAUAUCGGCCGUCCCUGAAGCCUCCGUAUCUUGGUGGUUUCAGGGUCAACUCUUACAGAAUGAUAGCCUUUUGGCAAACAACCUUCAUCUAUACCACUACAGUGAAGAUUUUGGCGAUGAGAAGCGCAGUGAGCUGCUGAUAUACAACAUCAGUCCCGAGGAUAAUGGAACGUUCUCCUGUAUUGCUGAAAACUCCGCUGGACGGGUGCAAGCCAACUACACUUUGCAUGUCAUAGUGAAAGAAGAACCUGUAGUCGAGGAAGUUUCAUUCUCGCAGGAACACUUUUUGAUCAUAGUUGCAGCUAGUGCGGCUACCGGGUUUCUUCUCUUUCUAACGCUGUGUAUCAUCAUUUGUAAAUGUAGUAAACGUAGUAGCAAGCGUAUCUCGAAUACAAAAUCGCGUGGAAAAUCAGGAUCUGAUACAAUACCCAAUAGCCAAAAAUGUGCAUCAAUUACCAACGACAUCGGUGAAUCACUAACUUGUGCAAAAAUAAAUGGGACUGUCGCCAUUAGCGAAAGUAAUCCACAAGACGUAGUGCUUUAUCUAAACACUGGGGCUAACUUAGAAAAGGCAGGUCUAGGCAGUUUGCAACUCGGCGGACAAGCACAGUUCUGCAGCCCACCAUCUGCCCGAAGUUAUCAAGAUCAGAAUCCAGACCUUAUAAACGACGCCGAAAGUGGGAAUAAAAUCCGGGCUAGACCGGAUGCAAUCGACUCCGACGUUGGCGAGAAAGACUCUGACGAACAGAGUAGCGUUCAAGAUGCCAGUAGUGAAGCAAGUUUCCAGCAAAGCUACUUCCAAACCCCGAUGGGUAUUCGACCGGUUGCACCAAGAAUAUCCGCUCUUUCAACACUGCCACGUGGAAUCAACAAAGACAUGUACCAACACCAAGUGGACAUACACCUUAGCCCGGGAUGCUUCCUGGAUCAAAACGGUUAUCCCGUCGAUUUGAACGUGGUGGCCCAGGGAGGACCAACGGUGAACUACUAUCGAACGUUACCGCACAAUCGAGGUCAGAAAGGUCAACAGAAUAAGGUCCGCUACUCAAACGAUGCCGAGUUCAUCACGCGAACAUCACAAACCUAUCAACUGUACGGUGUUCCCCCGGACGUACGGUAUACGGCCGAAGGUUAUCCUCAGCAACCGGGCGUCGACGCCUCCGGUACCAGUCAAUUCCCGUCUCCACCGGAAGGCUACAAAGGUGAGCCACUUACCGUUCAGGGUGUGCAAGCGCUACCCUACAUGAACCCACCGGCUGCGUUCUGUGUAGGUCCUUCAACGCCGCAGCAAUGGCCGACGUUCCUACCAGGGUACCAUCCCCAUCAGCUGAUACCAAUCGCCGGUCAAGCGGGAGCCGAUUUUAACCGAUAUUUACCUCCAGCGGGAAUUGGCGGUGCCCCAGGCAGUAGCAGCCCUUCGCCAGCGUUACCACCGGUGCUGAAAAAGUGUGUCGGCGCCCAAACCGGGGACAUGACGCUGGACAAGGAUACCAUCCCGGAGCAGCGCGAGGAGGAAGAGGAAGCCGAACACGAGAACGGUUCGAAGCUGAGGCACCUGACGGGUCCGCUGGCGGAUAGUCCGGACGAGGGCUACGUCGGGGAGGGGCACGAGUCGACGGAUAUUUGACACAAGAUGAAGCCGCCGAUUAUGGAUAAAUCCCACGUGCUACACGCUUCCGCCUCGAUGCAGCUAGAAUCGGAUGAUGUACCUUUAUAAUAAGGGGAUGCGUGCGGGAACCGGGUUGUGUAAGGGGUGAGUGAGUGAGUGUGAGUAUUUUUGUAGGUGAGAUAUUUUUAAAAAACCAUAAAAAGAUGCAAUAGGAAAAAUCGAAUGUUGACUGUGUAGGAGGGCCGGUGUCGGUGUUGCUGUUUUGAAGCGGAUAAUGAUUUGAACUUACGGCUAGAAAUCAGAUAUACAAACGGAUUGAUUUGAUUAGUUACAUAAGUUGAGAUUGAGGGGUUUUGAAUCUGGUUUUUUUUUAUCUAUAAUGCUUUCUGAUAGAAAAUUCGUUAUAUUAGACUACUAUGGUCUCGCGUUUAUCAAAUACAGAUGGUAUGUAGGAAUUAAAUGGACUUUAUUUAUCUUAUAACAGUGUACUGCUUAUAACUGGAGCAUGGAAAAGAUUAAACCUCAAUGAGGCGGCGAGCGAUAACUUCAAACAGAAGUUAUUAUAAGCUAACUCUUUCUGUUUGAAACAAUCUGAUGAUAUUUUUCGCUGCGUUAUCUUCGAAUACGUGUUUCGGAUCAUUCGCAGAAAAUUGAUUUGAUCCCAUUAGAACGAUUAGCAGAUGGGAAUGACUUAUUCGAUCAAGCUACCUUGUAGAGAGCAAGCUUAAUUUUUAUGGACAAUGUCGACUGACGGCCAGUUUGUGUGAACCCAGAAUUCAGAAGACAUAUUGAGACUUGUAAUGUGGUCCUCCUAUCGAGAGUUAUUCCGGUGGGUCACUGUGUCAGAUGCAGUAAAUUGACCACAACCUCCUAGGCCCCUGAGGGAGCCUCCGGAUGUUCUAAACUCCGAGAUCCGUACGGUUUACGUAGUUUUACGGUUCAAAAGUCCGGAAUGGUAACAUUUAUCUCUAUUUUGUAUGAGCUUCAGUAAUUAAAGCAACGUCUAUUCCUUUGUACCCAAGAAAACUUGUCAGCUCGAUGAUUUUGCGAUUAACCCGUUUCAGCCUGGUCUACGAUUUCAAAUCAUAAAAUUCACCAUUCUUUGUGUUUCAACCGAUUUGCAUGAAUUUUGGAGGAAAGAUGCAUUAUGCUCAAUAUUUUUGUGCGGAUGUAUUGCUCUGGUGAUUGGGUUCAUGGGGACGGUUUAUACGAGGGGUGCUGGGUCAAAUGGGGUCAGGAAUAGGUCAACUUACUAUUUAUAGUAGAUAAUUAGUAGUAAAUGCUCAUAAUAAUGAUACAAUCGUUUUUAUUCAUCAUUAUGCAAUACUGAAAAUGAAAACUUAAUGUUUAGACCUUAAAAAUUCGGUUACAGAUGUUCCGGUAACCUGGAUACCCCAGGGAUGUGGUCAUGGUUCUGAAACCGAGCUUACAUCACAUGAUACUUCAGGAUUUUGCAACACAAAUACAAUAUAAGACUUUUGAAGAACCUUUGAGCACUUUGACGAGGUUUCCUGGGAACCUGGUCCCCCAGAAAGUGGUCAUUUUUUGAAUGAUUCUGGAUCUGGUUUUUCAAUGCUACUAUAAUAGAAGACCUUCGCAGAGCUUAGGGCCCAUUGGCCACUUCCGGAGGUUGCCUGGAAAUUUGGUGCCUAUCAAUGAAGUGGUCAUCUUUUGAAUAUUUUAGAAACCCAUCUCGUGACACAACAAAUUUCAUGAUUUUACAAGACAAACACAAUGGAACAUUUGCAAAGCUUCUGGACACACUUUCUUUUUCCGAAGGUUUCCGGGAAAUCUAGUGCUCCCGGAGAGAUGGUCACUUAUUGCGGAGUUCUGAAAACCACUGUUGGUUUUUGGGCCACCCUAAUGAAUUAAAUUUCAAAGCAGUGGUCGAUGUACGGUUUGCAACAGCUUGAAACUAUUUUCGUCGUCAAGUCAAGUACGAGUCACUGAAGACGACCUCACUGUUGAGGUCGAAAUACGUAUCUGUCAAGGUACAAUCAAGUGGUGGAAUUGAAUGGGAAGGUACAAACUCGUCUUACGACAAGUGAAGAAAUUCCACUAAGAAGCUCAAAAUAAUUUUCUUAACAAAACUAUGUUAUUCCAUUUAGAAAGUAAACAAUAGUGGAACAUAUUUUAAAUUACAAGUUUCUUUUCAAUCAUUUCAGCUACGUAUUACUUACAUUUAUAGUUUUCCCGUAUUUUCCUCUAUCCAGUCUUGUUCCAACGGCGGCCUGCUCCUCAAUCUAUAACAUUAUCGCUUUUAGUGAUAAAAUACAUUUCUACAUCACAAUAUUUUACCUGUUAUAGAUUCAACUAUCACUAUCAACAGUAUGCUUCCACUAUUAACUAUUAUCAGUUCUCUGAAAACGAAUAGCAACUUUAUAUAUUUUCCGACUCAAUAAUUUUUCAACUCCUAUCUAGCUGUAUUUACCAUUUUGAAUUUUAUGUUGUUUAUUUACUUUUUUUUGCGCUUUUACCUUCACGUUCUUAC